AUGCCUCUCUGCGUCCCUCCUCGGGGCACCGCCGCCCCCUGGGGCCGCUCCGCAGCCUCCGUGCCCAGAAGCCCCCCGGCGCCUCCCGCCCCCCGGAGCCCGUCCCCCUGCAGGGCGAGGGGCGAGCGGGGCGCCCUCUCCAGCCCGCCACGGGCCGCUCGUACGACGACGCUUCACGACCUUGCUGCGCGCUGCCAAUCGUGGAUGUCGGACGCUGUGCAGGCGGCGGCCUCCGCCGCGCCGGAGGCGCUGUUCCCUGGCCUCGCCCGCCCGGAGCUCCUCGCGGUGCGGCGCACCUGUCGCGGUUGGCGAGACGCCGUGCGGCGGCCGCUGGCAGCUGAGCUGGUGGAGGCCGCCGCCGCGGCGGCGGGCGCCGCCGUCGCGCACGAGGGGCGCCGUCUCCGCAUCGUCGGGGCGCUGCGGGGGCUGGCGGCGGUCUCCGUGGCCCACGUGGACCCCUUGACCUCGAGGCUGCUGGCCGGCUUCCUCCGGGACGGCGAGGACGAGGUGCGCGAGGCUGCCGCGUCCGCGAUGGGGCGGGCCACGGAGGGGAUGCAAGACCUCUUGGGGCGCAUGGCCGUGGCCUGCCUCGUGCCCGCGCUCGCGGACCAGAGCGCCCGCGUCUCUGCCGCGGCGGCUCGGGCGCUGCCGCGCCUGGUGGCACGGGGGGACCAGGCAGCGUCGAGGGCCGCCUGCGCGCACCUCCGGCAGCACGCAGACCCGUGCGUGCGGCGCAACGCCCUCAGCGUGCUGGCGGAGGUGGGCAGCCGCGGCGACCAGGACCUCGUCGCGGCCGUCUGCGCCGCCGCCCAGGGGGACAGCGACUGGCGCGUGCGCGCGCAGGCGGCCCGCGCCCUGCCCCGCCUGGCGGAGCGCGGCGACGCCGCGGCCCUGGCGGCGCUGGAGGCGGCGCUGCAGGACCCGAGCGCCGCCGUGCGGGCGGUGGCCGCAGGCGCCGUCGUGCACGUCGCGGAGCAGCCCUCGGCCCCGUUCCUGGCGGCGGUCGCCGCGCAGUGGAGCCCGGCGCACCGCUCGCGGAAGCGCGCGGCCCACGCCUCCGCAGCCUCGCCGGCGCCCACGCCUCCGCCGGCCGCGAGGCGCCGGGCCGCCGCGGAGACCUCGACGCCGCCGGCGCCCGUCGCGCCGUCGCCCCGCCGUUCGCGCGCCCCAGGCUCGGCGGGCAGCAAGGGCACCAGCGGCCCGAGCGGCAGCGGCCAGGGCCGCGGCUUCACGGGGGCGUCGGGCAAGGCGGCCGUGGCGAGGCGGGCGCCGCAGGCGCGCCGCGCGCGCCACGCGGCAGGGGCGCCCGCGGCAGCGGGCAUCUACAGGCGCGAGCGCUGA